ACAACCAGGUAGUUGUCGUGCCAUUAAACGUUACACGAAUAUGCCAAAUGGCUACUUAUCCAGGAAGCAUCCCAUUCGAAUCUUAAUGGGCAGCAUUUCAUGGCACCAAAUGUAUUCUUUCUCUCCACCCUCUUCCUCACCUCACUCUCCGUCGCCGCACCUGCACCCGCCCGGCAUGCCGCCGCAAUACCACCCUGCUACGAGAUCGUAAUUACAGCAGGCACGCUCCCGACACCCACGGUAUCCCCUCUCUCGCCCCAAACCACGGCCCAAAUAAUUGCAAGUCGGAUCUCAGUUGUGACACCUGCCCCGGAACUCCGUCACCGCCAACUCAAAUCGAUCACAUACGGACCCGGAGGCUGGAGCGUCGAUACUCUCCCCACAGAGACCGUAACCAACUACUAUUGGGAUGGAGAAACUCCAUACUCAUGGCCUGCCGGAGAACACCCUCCUUGGCUUCCACCAAACGGAGGAACAAUCAUAAACACUGGCCGCUUGACAGUGACACUCGGUAAGCGAGACGACGGCGAAGGACGCGAGAAAAGACAGUUGAGUCCCAUAACUUAUGGCCCUGACGGCUGGGGACACAGCGUUCUUCCGGUAGCGACAGAGUCAGGGUGGUGGGGAGAAGGCAAAACAUUUACAUUCGCGGGACAGACGUUUACGUUGGGUGGGACGGGAGUAUUGACUAUCACGCUGGGGAAGCCGCCGAGAGACUUGGGAGUCAGGACGAUGGGACUGGACGUGGAGGAGAGGCAGGAGUUGAGCUAUAACGGGGGGAGUACCAGGGGUGGUGAGGGAGCUGUGACUGCAAGCGAGAGGCCGACGGUCACAUAUACGGAUGUGAACGGCAAUGUGAAGACCGUGACAAUUGUGGGGACAGAUUCUUUGUCUUUCACUCAGCCGCCGUUGUAAUCGGAUCUCCAGUUUGUCAAGUGCCAGACGCUUUUUGGCGCCACUGGGUAAUGAUUCAGCAGCUAAGUGCCAGUAGUGAGACGCGAACUUUGUAGUUGGACUGGCAAGUAGAUAUCUGGAAUGGAAAGAAUAU